AUGGCACCUAUUCACAAACCCCUCGAUCGGUCUACUACCUUCGAGACCAUGCUUUCUAUCAGCCCUGCCUUGGGGCCUGUCGUUCUUCUCAAUAUCAUUUCGCUUCAUCCCGGGGUAGAUAAGAAGUCAUUCCUCAAAACUUGGAGUCAUACCGCCGAUGUCCUGAAGAAAGCGCCUGGUGACAUCUCUACUCAAUUGCACAGCGCUAUUGGAGAUGGCAACUUCAUCGUCAACUACGCCGUUUGGGAGAACAAUGAAGACUUGAAGAACGGCUUAGCUUUGCCUGAAUUCAGGAAGAUCUGCGAAGAAUUCCCGGAAGGCACUGGGUUCCGCGCAUGUGUCCUGCAAAAAGUUUCCAUUCCUAGAGUUUGCGUGGGGCUGUGA